UACCUAAACUUACUUCGAGCAAGACUUGAAUUUGCCCGAUUUAAAAUGAAUCAAGGUUGGGAGAAAUCAACUUUAAUGGAUGUUGAGCAGUUAUGGAAACAGAAACAGCAAAAAAUGAUAAACGAUUUACCUAAGCCUCGGUUCACUCAAAGAGAUAUCAUUGACAAACGUUGCUCGCAUAAAAAAAAGUCGAAA